AUGAACAACGAGACGGAUAGAGAUGCAUACUUACAGCUAGGGCAGCGCCUCAAACAACAACAUGCUGACCAUUUGCUAGUGCAACUCCAGAUAUUCCGCUCGGCAUUGAUGAGCUUCAUCAACGACCACGGCGACGAGAUUCUUCACAACCCCGUGUUUCGAGCUAAAUUUAACCAGAUUACUCAGCUGAUAGGAAUGGAUCCGCUAGAUCUAUUGCUAUAUUCCAACACGAGACAGCAGCAGCAGCAGCAGCAGAAAAAGGACCAGGGUAAUUUCAUCGUGGGGUUGAGUGUCAAGGUUGUUGAGAUAUGUCAAGAGACGCGCGACUUGAACGGGGGAUUGAUCCCCUUGAAGGAACUACAAAGCAUCGUCAAUGCUCAGGCUAGCUUGUCAUUGGAUUUGCAAUUGGAUGUUAGUAUCAAGAAUAUCGAACUGGCUAUCCGGUUAUUGAAUACCAUGGGCACGAAAAACUAUGAAAUGGUGGUGAUUAACAAUGACAAGUGGUUGAAGUUUGCAUCGUUGGAUAAUUUAUCGCAGGACCAAAUCAAGAUUUACGAAUUGUGCCAAUUCAUGGGGGGAUACGUCACGAUCAGGUUGUUGCAGGAUAAUUUCCAAUGGGACAAGAUCCGGUGUGAAAAUGUUAUAACUGAAAUGAUGAUGAAUGGGAUGCUAUGGAUUGAUUUACAAGGCGAAGGCGGAACCCAAUACUGGGAACCAUCCUGGAUAUCUAAUUAA